GUCAGCUGACUAAUUAUCGCUCGGAUCAAAGCGCCGUGGUCAGCUAACACAGGCAUCAGCUAGCUGUCUGCUGAGGAAAAAUAUGUCCGUCGACACUGGAUAUGUAAGGCAUGAGGUGUUAACGGGACAUCUUGACCACAAGCCUAUUUUGGGUGUACUCUUCUUGUAGGUGGAGGACAAAAUGCUCAUAUCCCGUCGCUGGUAAAGAACCGAGAGUCCUCUGACCAGAUUCAAGGCAUAAACUGGAGAAUAUGCCCCAUCUUUGAGGAUGGGAGGAAGUGGAUCCAAAGCCAAAGGUGUGUGGCCUUUUUCAGGCACUGGAGCCGGAGGCGAUUCAACCAGUGAGGUGAAUGAACAGUCCUUGGCUCGGCUCAAAGGAUCCAGAAACGCUACUCCGUUUGUUUUCACCAGGAGGAGCUCUUUGUACUACGACGAGGAUGGAGACCUUGCCCAUGAGUUUUACGAAGAGACAGUGGUGACAAAAAAUGGCAGGAAGAAAUCCAAGCUGAAGAGGAUCCAGAAGAAUCUGAUCCCACAGGGAAUUGUGAAGCUCGACCACCCCUGUAUUCAUGUAGAUUUCCCCAUCAUCCUCUGUGAGGUGUGAAGCAUUACAUUGGACUUGUCUACCAUGAAAUACAGCCACAGGUCUGCCCGUCAUCUGGUUGCUCUCUGAGCGCUUGUACUCGUCAGAGAAAGUAGAGACAGAGUGAUGUCUCAUUCCAACCUGAAGUAUUCUGGUCAAGACUGGAACUUGGGCUCUGAAGAGAUAAUGAGGAAAAUAUGGACAUGUGAAAUUUAUAUUUUGGGUAAAAUGUGAAGAGCAAAUGUUUCGCACUAAUGCAGUGUGAAUAUGAAUUGCGUAAAGAUGAAUGCAUUUGAGUGCAAUGGUUGGCACACGCCCCAUAGACUAAAGUCUAUAUUUUAAGUAUCACAAAGAUGGAAAUGGUUCAGGUAAAUUUUCCAGCUACCCAACAGGUUUGCAGCCAGUGUCUAAGCAAUCUUAGAGAAUACACCAAGUUGAGUUGUAUCUCUUGUGCAAGUCUUUUUUCGCGGGAAAAAAACAUCCUUGAUGUGAAAAGGCUUUAACAGUUCUGCCUUCUGUGAAACGUAACGAGUGUUAGCAUUUGUGUGUGUCUGUGUAUGUGUUGAUGUAUGCACUUAGGCUUGUUUGAGAGAAUGUGUGUGCGAGAAAUGGAAGAUGUAGUAGCUCUAUUGAAGAUUUGUGAAAUUUAUUGUAUAUAUGGUCAUGUUCCUGUAAUAUAUUGUCAUGUCUAAGUCUGUCUCUGUCAUUGGAGCUCAGACCUGCACUAGUGAACAUGAUGUACUGUAAAUAAUUCAGAUUUCUUAGUUGGAAAUACUUGAAUAAAUGCAUUACUGAGCUACA